AUGGCCCAAUAUCAACCAAUCAUCACUACGCCAGAUGACUACAAAACAGCGCAUAAACGGCGUAUCAUCUACAUCCGUCCUUUCCUCCUCUUCUGGCUCAACUGUCUGUUCAUCGAAGUCAUCUUCCUUACCGUCGGUGUUUUCAUCAUGACCGGCACAUGCGACCUCUUCUACAAGGUUAUGUGGACGCUUGUGUUCUGCCCCCUAGGGAUGGGUGGAACCAUGGGCGGCCUUAUAAACUCCUUCAUUGUCGACCACUACUACGGAAAGAAGGCUGCUCAAUUCACUGGAAUCUUGACGUUGUUGGUUCUCAGUACAUGCAAUUACCUCUGCUACAGCCUGGACAGACACUUUGGAUGGUUCGGGGCCUCUGACCAUCCCAUGUGGUUCCACUGGCGGUAUCCAGCGCUCUGGGUGAUCGGUUAUGUGAAUGGGCUACUGUUGUUUACGGAUAAGGGGCAGGAGAGACUAGCUAGGAUGAAGCUAUAG